AUGUCUUCUAUAAUUAAUAAAACAGGAUCUUAUCGAAAAAUACCAUUCAGCGAAGAAACUCCAGAGAGUGGUUUUUUUACAUACUACACUAUUGAAGACUUAAUAUUAGAAGGAUACCGCAAGAAAAGCCAAGCGUUUAAAUGUCGAACUAUUGGAGUUUUAAAAAGCGUCAACGGUCGCUUUUAUUUAAAUGAUGUAGAGAAAAAUGCUGAUGUAAAUUCUUCAAAAAUUGUGGUUUCCAUGUCUCACCUCAAAACACCUGUUCCAAACACUGUUAUACCUAUUACUGUGCAGUUAUUUGGCACUUUACAAUGGAUGAAGGAAACAAUUUUGUUUGUUAAAAUAAUUCAGGUCCUGAGUCCGACAACGGCCAUAAAACUACAGAAAACAAUUAAUUAUAUAUCUAAAAAUCAUGUUGCUCCAAUACAAUUAAGGGUUGAGGGUGAUAGUCACCCUCAUAAACAAUUAAGAUAA